AUGGGCUGGAUUGAGCAGGCGGCCGUCUUGACGGCCUUGGCUUUUGCUGCCUUCGCACAGCAACCUUCCAACUCGCCGGCCCCGGUCAGCGUGGCCUUUGUUCUUACCGUGAUUCCCAGGCUUGGAAACAGUACCAGCUCUGCAACCUCCUCGACCACCGGUAUCUCGUCGUCUCCAAGCCCAUCCACCAGUCUCAGUCUCAGAUCUAGCAUCAGCAGCCAGUCGCUGUCCAACAUCACAAGCUUACGCAGCUCCAGCGCUUCUUCAACCUCUUCAUCCGGCGCACCUUCGUCAGUGGUCUCAUCUACGUCCUUAUCCACCAGUAGUCAAUCCACGUCCAGUUCUUCCAGCAGCAGUACUAUUAGCAGUUCCUCGUCAAUCUCAACCUUUGGUACAGAGUCCCUGAACCCCACUUUGCCGAGUUCCGCCACGAGCACUACCCGCGCUUCAACGGCAUCUAGCAGUAGUUCCAUUUCGAUCCCUGCCACUUCGAGUAGCAGCACGUUCAACUUCGGUAACACUACUACUACUAGCACGGCUUCCACCUCUACCGGCACGACGAGCAUUUUCUCAGCUUCGCCCUCGACCACCUCGGCAAGCGCAUCAUCGACCAGCAGUAUCAGCAGCACUUCCAGUGGCGGCAUCACUGUGACUUCAACCACGACCGGGACCAGUAGCAGCAGUAGCAGCAGCAGUAGCAGCAGCAGUAGCAGCAGCAGUAGCAGCAGCAGUAGCAGCAGCAGUAGCAGCAGCAGUAGCAGCAGCAGUAGCAGCAGCAGCAGCAGCAGCAGCAGCAGCAGUAGCAGCAGCAGUAGCAGCAGCAGCAGCAGCUCUGGACCUAGCUCCUCUAGUACCAGCUCCAGCAGCACAUCAUCAACUUCAUCCUCAACUUCUUUGACAUCGGGUAGUACCACCACGACUUCUGCCCCAACCACCACGACCACAUCGUCAAGUACAUCCUCAACUUCAAGCAGUUCUUCGACUUCAAGUGUCUCUUCAACAUCGAGCAGUUCUUCACCUUUAAGCAGCUCUACCAUCACCACUACUUCUUUCAGCAGCUCUAGCUCUACCUCCACGAGCAGUUCCUCUACCUCCACCAUUACUGGUGCUUGUGGUACAACGAGUAACUCUUUCGUCUUACAAGCAUCAAACAGCGGCGAUUUCACUGCCGACGGCAAUUUUGCUCAGUUGCAGCAAGCCUUUGGCUCGGGCUACCGCCUCUUGUUCAGCGCCAACAGACAGAACGCGCAACAAUUCAAGCUUCGGGCCGACUGCUCACUCAUCACUGCCGAUGGUGGCUUGCAAGCUAUGAUUGGUGAUAAUGGUCAAGCGACUCUCCAUUACCAAUACUUCUUUCCAUCCACUGCCGCUGCCUCAGCGUUGGUCAACGUCAAUUGGCAAGCCAAUGUUUGUACAUUGAAUGCCGAUAACACCCUCACCUGCGUUGCCGGGAAUUCUAACAUCUUCCAAAUCACGCAAGGUGAUCCUACUCUCGAGAUUGGUACACAGAACUUUGGGGAGACAAUCACAUUGAAUGUGGUCCCAGUGCCGUGA